GCGUCAAUCACAUCGCUGUGGCCCGCCUCCAUCUGAGCCCAUCCUCCCGUCUGUUCACACUACGCCUUCAAUCGCCAUAUUGGGUUUUGAGAGGUUACUCUGCAGUUUCUCUCAGUGCGGGACGAAAAUUGACACAGCGCCUUCGAUUCCUGUGCAGUUUGUUUUGAUGAUUCGCGGGGACUAUCUUCGGCGUCAGAACACAGCAGAAGCCAUUGGUGCCUCCAGCCUCUCGUACGCAUGGCAUAAGCGCUCCCACGCCCGUGUCGGAUCUUUCCCCCCGUGACGAGGAGAUAGCCGCUGUUGUUUUUCUCUCUCCCGUCUUUUCAGCGAGGUGUUUUUUCUUAUGAAAACCGGACGCUCCUGGCUGCUAGAAGAUUCAGCUUUUUUAGGAGGUAAAAUGUCAGACGUUCGACUUUCAAACGGAAGCCCGACGUUGGAGCGGACGGAACCCCGGCUGUCGGAGCACCCGAAGCCGUCAGCCUGCCGGAACCUCUUCGGCUCGGUGGACCACGAAGAGUUAAACAGGGAUUUAAAGGGACACAUGCGGGAGCUGCAGGACCUUGCGGCAGCGGAGUGGGGCUUCGACUUCGCCCGUGACGUGCCGCUGCCGAACUCCAGGUUCAUUUGGGAACGGGUGGACUCCGCGGAGAUGCCGGAUUUCUACGUGCGGCCGCCGCGGAAGGAGAAAGGCGUCUGCUCUGGGAAUACCAAGGUGGAUGUUAACGGGAAUCAUAGCUGUGUUCUGGUGGCUCCUCCGAGCGAAGAAACCAGCCUGUCUGUGGGUCAGACCGAGUGUACAGAGCAGUGCGCGGGGCUGAGGAAGAGACCGUGUCACGACCCCAGCGCGCAAAGUAAGAGGUCACGCAGCAGCCCAGAUGAAGUUAGUUGUCCAAGCCUGAGCCACUCUGUUGAACACACACCCAGAAAGUCCAGUCCCAAGAGACAAACGUGAGGACUAACAAAACGAAAAGAUGCCCCCCUCCCCCUUAUUUUUCUUUAAGCAUGGGAGACCUCAGUGUUGGCUUUUUUUUUUUUGGUUGUUUCUCCCCCCCCUUUUGGACGAGGAUCUACACAGCAUCAGAAACAUAUCAGCUCUCCUGAAGACUGGGGAGGACGCUGUUGAAGCACUGAAUAGAAACACUAAAGUUUUUGGCACUCAGUUAAAUGUUACUGCCUCUAACAGCAGUCGAUGUAGCAGUGUGCAAUUAGGUUGACUUCCUUUUUUGCUCCUUUUUUUAAAAAUGUUUUUUUUUUUUUACUACCUGUGUGUGUAUAUAAAUUAAUAAAUGAAUAUAUAUUUCUCUCCAUAUGUAGCACAUAAGAAACAUUAUGAUUUAAAAAUAAAUCCUUUAUGUUAAAAGUGUGAAUUUUGAUUUGACUUGAAGAAUUGCAGUGUAGUUUGAAACUUUUUUUAUUUUUUAUGUUUUGUUAGCCUAAAAAGCAGCCGAAGUUGACACGGUCCCCAAUUGCUACACUUAAAAAAAAUGUAAUAAUAAUUAUGGCUCUUUUCAAAAUCUAACAUUGUGUCUUCACUCCAUUUUCCUAACUCGGCAUUGAAGAAUGGUACAAAUGUAGCUCUUUUAUUUAGUUUAUGGUCAUUGCAUUGUCACCAUAUGAGUUAUUUAGAGAGCCUGACCCACAGGAUGAAAUUUAUAUUUAUCAAUCAGGUUAUUCUAAUUCUUUUUUUUAAUGCUUUUAGCACCAGUUUGGGUCUUUUUUCCUCCUCUCCUUGUUCUGCACUCCUCUUUUGCUUUUAGGGCUUUGCAGACUUCACACUCUGUUCUCAUUGACUGUACCGUGAUGUGCCUUACUGCUAUAUAGACGUGAGGGUUUUUUUUUUUUUCAAAGCGGUUAUAUCUUCUACAAUACCAAAUACAUGGUUGCUUUUAUGUAGAUGACUUCACAUUGUAUUUCUUUGUGAUUAAUGUAGGCGCUUUUUUUGCCCCCUCCCUCCCAUACUUUAAAACCUGCUGAGGAUGCAAAAUGUGAGAAUCUCAAAGCUUCUCCUGUAUUUGCCAAACGUUUGGUUUAUAUUCUGAGACGAAGAAAGGCUCGUCCAACAGAUGCAGUCACCAUGCCUGUGUAAUUGUGUAGAAUCUUUGUAAUGUACCUGUGUACAUAUUUUGUAAAAAAAAAUAAAACAAACAAAAAAAAGCAAAAAACACUGAGAAAUUAUACUAACUUAUUUAUGUUGAGCUUUUUUUAUGUAGAGU